CUUCCCGGUGUCGGUCGCCUAAUUCCCGGGCGUUCCGGAUCCCGAUUGCCGGUGACGUCAGGCCCGCGAGCGUCCGGCUCCCGCUCCCGGAGCUGCGGUUAUUCCAGCGUCACCAUGGGGGUUCGUGGACUAAUGAGCUUUGUGGAGGAUCACAGUCGUGAACUCUUUGCUGAUGUGAAAUUGCGGAAUACGAAAAUUGUCAUCGACGGCUACUCUCUCUUCUACCGGCUGUGCUUUAAUUCCAACUUGGAGCUCCGAUAUGGAGGGGAAUAUGAUUCUUUCGCAGAUGUUGUGCAAGAUUUCUUUGAAUCACUGUCUGCUUGUCAUAUCUAUCCAUAUGUUGUGUUAGAUGGGGGGUGUGAUCUCUCCGAUAAAAAGCUUCUGACGUUAAUGGAUCGGAUCAGAGACAAGGUCCAGGUCGCACAUUCACUCUCUGUGGGUGGGGGCGGGUGUGUGUGUCCCCUGCUCACCCGGGAAGUAUUCAUGCAGGUUUUGAUCAAACUCGGGGUCCCUUUCGUGCAGUGCUUCUCGGAAGCAGAUCGGGAUAUUAUGACACUUGCCAAUCAUUGGAAUUGUCCAGUGUUAUCAUCGGAUAGUGACUUUUGCAUUUCUGAUCUGAAAACUGGGUUUUUCCCACUGAGUAGCUUUCAGUGGACAAACAUGAACACCAUCAAGGGCACACAGGACUACUAUAUCCCAGCCCGAUGGUUCUCUGUGAACACGUUCUGUAGCCGCUUCGGGGUGAAUAAAGGUCUCCUCCCUCUCUUUGCUGUGCUGAGCGGAAAUGACCAUGUCAACCUUCCAGUCCUGGACACAUGCUUUAGUAAGUUGCGCUUUCCUCCUGCCUCUCCCAAUGGGAAGAAGCACCAGCGCAUCGUGGAGCUUCUGAAAUGGUUGUCGCAAUUCACUAACCCUAGCGCAGCACUGGAGACCGUCCUGAAAAGUCUCCCCAGGAAGGACCGGGAGCCGGUGAGGGAUCAGCUCUGCUGUUCCAUGGACGAGUAUCAGCCCUCGCCAGUGCAACUGCAGGACUUCUUCCAGCAUGGCACCUACGCCUGUCCCGAUGCCCAGAACCUGGGGCUGCCCGACUGGGUCCAGCGGGCGCUGGCCAGAGGCCAGCUGUCACCUUUCGUCAGUGAUGCGCUGGUGCUGAGACGGACCUUCCUUCAAGCGCAAGUGGAGAACACACAGCGCCCAAAUGCCCACAAGAUCUCCCAGCCCAUCCGACAAACCAUCUAUGGACUGCUCUCCAGCGCACCGCGGGGCAGCUUGUCUCCACAGCCCAUGGUGUGCAGCGAGGUGGGACGGAUCAGCAGGAACAUCAAAACGUCCCUUGUGGAGGCAGCGGUGCUGCCCGUAGAGUAUUGUGACUUAAGCAGGCUGGCAGAGCUCCCUUUGGAACGACGGCGGGUGCUCUUGUUAGAAACUCUGAAGGUGAAACAGUCCGUCCUGGAGCCGGUCCCUGCUCUGCUCCAGUUGCCCGUAGCUGUCACCUGCUACUGGCUGCAGCACCCAGAGGUCAAGGCUCAGCUCCACCAUCUCCACGCCCUGCUGCUGGCGCUACUGCUGGGGCCCCUGCAGGCUGCGCUCGACAGCCCCGGUUCAUCAGUGCUGCCGGAGGAUGGUGCUAAGAAGCUGUACUCAGAGUUUCGGAGCGUGAAGGCACGGGCCUGGCCGGGGGAGAAGUUGGACUUAGAUGUGGCUCACACCUUCUGUCAAUGGCAGUGCUGUCUGCAGAUGGGGCUGUACCUCAAUCAGCUGCUCUCCACCCCGCUCCCAGAGCCAGACCUAACCCGAUUGUACAGUGGAAAUCUGGUGCAUAAUCUCUGCCAACAACUGCUUCUGUCAGUCUCACCAGAGGGUCUCCUGAGAACGUGUCCUGAGGCAAAGGGACUUUAUGAACAUCUUUUCAGUGCCACUAGAUCAUAUGCCCCUGCUGAACUAUUCCUACCAAAGAGUAAACAAACCUCAAAAAAGAAAAAACCCAAGAAAAAAGGUAUCAGGAGGUCCAAGAACAGAGCUGGAGCUGUCUCAGAUCUCCAGAGUGCCUAUAAGGGGAGCAACCGUUUUCAGGUAUUAACGUCUGAAAGCUUAGAGGACUACAUGGAGGCCAUAGAGCUCGAAUAAACUCAAGUCUGCACCCAGACGUGUGAUUCGCACUGCUUUUCUGCUGCCACCCUUGAAAUGGUUGUCUUUCUUUUGAGCUAACCUGGAGGCUUUCCUCUGCCAUAGGAAAGUCUCCAUAUUCCCAAAUAUUUUGUAUUCUUCUUGUAAUAAACACAACCUGA